AUGAAUUUUGUUCAUAUUGUCUGCUACUACGAGCUCAGCGACUUCAAAGAGGUAGUGUACUGAGGUAGAAAAAAAGGAUGCAGUGCAUCUGCCGAUUGGCUUUUUGCUCAGCGACAAGCAUCUCAUGCUGAGUGCGUUUUCAUGUGAAAAUGAAACGGCAGGCAGAUGGACGGCAAUGAAUCCGAAAACGUGUUUUUCGGUGCAUGCAUGCAUACAGUGCGGCGGGGCUCACCUGAUGCAUUGCUGGCAGCUUUCACGCUCUGCGGGUAAUAAAGAAAGGCAAGAAAUACAUUUCGUACGGUUUGCGAGUGUCAUCAUCUUUUUUAAAAAAACAUAGGAUAACUGCGCAAACUAAAGGCUGGGUCUGCAGAUCCCUGAAAUUAAACACGUACGUAGGGGACAGAUGCCGAUGACGACGACGAUGCUGGUGUAGCUACCGCUGCUACUGUCCAGGAUGAUGAUGAUGAUGAUGAUGAUGAUGAUGAUGAUGAUGAUGAUGAUGAUGAUGAUGAUGAUGAUGAUGAUGAUGAUGAUGAUGAUGAUGAUGAUGAUGAUGAUGAUGAUGAUGAUGAUGAUGAUGAUGAAAAACGCGUGGUCAACGAACUGUGUAUUAAUAAAAGGGUUACUCUUCUACAGUAUGAUUGUAUUAUAAUCCUGCUUCCGAAAUGA